AUGUUUUGGGCUCAAGAUCUCAGCUAUCUAUCUGGUCCGUCACAGGCUGGUGGUGAGAAUGGGACUGCAGAUGAACCCAGUCCCAGCCCACAAGGGUUGCAGGAGCCGGAAGCUGAAGACAUUAAGACAGUUCCUGCUGGAGACACCAUCUAUGCAUCAGCAACGUCCUUUGAGGAUCUCCGCUUGUCUGAAGACCUCUUGAAGGCAGGGGGCAUAUACACAGAAAUGAAAUUUGAGAAACCAUCGCGCAUUCAGGCCCUCACGCUACCAAUGAUCCUCACUCCCCCACACAGGAGUCUCAUAGCUCAGGCCCACAAUGGCAGCGGGAAGACCACCUGCUUCACGCUUGCCAUGCUCAGCAGAGUCGACCCAGCAGUAGCACAGCCCCAGGCCAUCUGUGUCUGCCCCACCAGGGAGCUGGUGGCUCAGAACCUGAUGGUGCUUGAGAAGAUGGCCAAACACACAACCAUCAAGGCCACGUCCUCCCUGGCCGGCACCCAGAACCAUAGGAUCACAGAGCAGGUGGUCAUAGGCACGCAUGGCACGCUGAAAAACUGGAUGUCCAAGCGGAUCCUCAGCUUCAGAUUUGCCAGAAUCCUGGUCUUUGACGAGGCAGAUGAGAUGCUGAAGAUGGAUGGCUUUGCAUCGGACUCCGUGAGGAUGAUUGGGACUCUGCGCAAGGAUGCGCAGCAGCAUGUGCAGAUCCUGCUGUUCUCGGCCACCUUCAACGAGAAGGUGAAGAACUAUGCGCUGAGGGUGGUCAGGGACAAUGGCAGAGAGGAUGCCAAUCAGGUGUUUGUGCCGCGGGAAGACUUGUCUCUGGACGUCAUCAAGCAGUACAGGGUGGACUGUCCAACUCCGCUGGACAAGGUGAGCGUGCUGAAGGAGAUGAUCUUCCCUCAGUGUGAGAAGCUGGGCCAGACCAUCAUCUUUGUCAGGACGAGAGAGGUCGCCCGCUCCCUCCACGCAGCCAUGGAGAGCGAGGGCCACCGGUGCACGAGCAUCCGGGGCGACAUGGACAACGAGCUGCGGGACAAGGUGGUCAACGAGUUCCGUAACGGCACCACCAAGAUCCUCAUCUCCACCGACGUCCUCUCCCGCGGCUUUGAUUGUUGUGGGGUGCAGGUGACGCUGGUGAUCAACUAUGAUGUGCCGGUGGAGAAAGACUGGACCACUCCAGCCUAUGAGACCUACCUGCACCGCAUCGGGCGCAGCGGCCGCUUUGGGCGCAAGGGUGCUGCAUUCAACCUGGUCAGCGGAGAGCAGGAGAAGAGAAUACUGGACUCCAUCUCGGAGUACUUCAAACACGAGAUCCCAGAAGUGCCCUUCAAUGACGAGGAUGAGUUCUUGGAGGUGCUGAAGCAAGCAGGGCUCACUGAUGGAUGA